CUUCACUCGCAGACAGGAGUAGACAUAGAGGAGAAAGAUCUCGCCGGGCUCACUGCACUCCACGUUGCCUCAGGCGAAGGCUCGUCAAACGCUGUACGAGUCUUGUGCGACAACGGCGCGAAUGUGAACGCAGCUGCCAGUUACAGUCAUGUCUCUCCGCUCCAUCGAGCAGUCGAAGAAGGGCACGAGGAGUGCGCUGGAGUGCUGAUAGAGCUGAAGGCGGACCUGGAGGCGAGAACGAAAGAAGGUUUCACUCCGCUGCAUGAAGCAGUUCGCUCUGGCUCAAUGGCGCUUGUUAGGCUGCUGCUUGAGAGCCAAGGUAGAUUCGAUGCAUAUGAUGAUGCAGCAUAUGACCUGAGCGCUUGUCGCCCCAGCUUGUGUCAACUCAACCUGCAACACUCGCUCCUCCCCCCUGCACAUCUCAAUCUUGAACGAACACCACGAGAUCUCGACGUUCUUGGUGGCACCAGCAGCGUCUUCUUGCGGUUGAAGUGA